UUUCCAUUUGAUUUACUACAGCAUUGCGCCAGUGUCGAGAGGUAGAAGUAAUGUCAGUCUUCCGUCCUCGUCCGACAAGGCAAAGCCACUUGAGAUAGGGACGAACAGAAUCAGAUGCAGCAUUGGUUUGUUAUUAUAGACGGCGCAGUCGGACAUAGAUGAGACCGCUGAGCAGAUAACCACAACACUAUUAUAAUAUAAAUAUAUAUAUAGCGAUAAAUUUUCGAGAUUUUUUAAUACAAGCACAGUGACAAUGAAUCUAAACUUGUUAUAACGUUAGUAUAGUUCAUGCAGUGUUGCACUUGCACGCAAUCCUCAAUGUCCCUCCUCUUCUCUUUCGACUUAAAAAUCAAGGGUCUCCAAUUUACUUUGAUUUUAUUGAUGUUACACCAAAUCGGAAUCAGAAAACACUCAACAGGGCUUCCAUCAUGUUGUCAUCAAAAUUGACGUCGUAGCAAAAAAGUGAACAUUGUCGAAAUAAGAUAGAGUUAGAGAGGUACAGAUACAGGUACUAAGUAAGAACAACAGCUCGAACUACAAUAGUAUGCAUGCAAUAGUUGAGCCCCCGCAAGACCAGCUUAUAAUUUUUCUGAUCUCCCCACCCGCACCCUUUUUAUUUACAGUUCGUCCCCUGUAGGAUAAGGAUCAUGAAGGCGGCCAAGGUGAAUGGUCGAGAUUUAUAUCAAUGCAACGCCUCAAUGCCUACUCGUAGACUAAAGAUGUCAUGAGUUGUCAGAUGAUGAUGAAAUUGGUCACUCAAAUGGCAGAUGGUAAUAAUUUUUAGUGUUCUACUGGUUCAGAGAUACUGGUUCACGCAGUGGUCUCAGGUUGAGGCAUUACCUCCCUGACGCGCAACAUCGUGAAGUUGAGUAGGAGCAGGGGAGACCUACAAAUUUUAAGAGGCUUGCGCAAUUGAGACGUAGCAAGAUGAACCCCCAUAGUCUACUCAGAAUGCCAGCAUCAUGGUGAGCAGGCUAAGGUCAUGCUUUUUUGAGAGAGUUACUACUCAGUACGUAGGAUGGCGACCUAGUACAAGUACAACUUGAAGAGGCGUUUUCAUCGAGGCCCGUCAGCGUCCGUCAUUGAUCCUAUGAAUCAAAAUCUUGGAUGUUUCUUCUCGAAAAGUUUGUGAGCAUCAGCACUCGUUGUUGACUUCACAACUUCUCGCCAGUCACUAUCACAACUCAAGAACAAGCAAGCCACUCACAAGCUGCACAAAAAGAGUACUACUGCUGAUAGCACAGGAGCGUCAUCUUCACGCUAUUUGAUACCCUUAGAUAAAAGUUUACGACAAUCUUCUCAUAUCAAACAACGCAGACCUUUUCGUUCCUCCAUCACUUUUGUUAUUUCAACAACAAGAACAGCCUGAAUAUAAAUCAAUGUGAAUCGGUAUCGAACAGAAAUGCAAAGGCGGCCACGCCGUUUUAUAUCUGCAUCACUUCUAGGAUUUGCAUUGUUGCUCUACAAAGAGCGUCAAUCUUAGUUUUGAUAUUGCCAUUGUGAUUCUUGUGAAGUUGAAUCAUGACCAAAGCCGAAGUUAAGAAUGAUCGCGGAUAUAUUUUUUACAGCAUUUUCAUUUUCUUUCGCUGAAUGCGGCCUGUUAACAUAGAGGACAUGCCUUGGCCUUACAAAAGCCUAAUCUUGAAUUGAGAGCAUCCUGCAUAUAUCAUCCGCAUCUGUCGUUCUCACGGAACGAAAGCGAUAGUGAACCCCUCCCCACGUGUGCUUUCUGAAACGACUAGUCAUAGUCUCCUAAACCUAGCCCUGGAUAUCAUCUGCAACCUCGCUGCGUCCGUGUUGUAUUAUAUGUAUGUGUACAUAUCAUUAUUAUAUCUGUCUCUGAAAUUUACAUUGAAAUAAACGAUUCUGGGACUGCGUCUGAGCUCUGAAGAUUUCAUCUUUGAAGUUGUUGCCUAGCUCACUUGAAUAAUUAAUGGGUUUUGCUUGUAUGACUAGAAAUUGCGUGGCAGGCAGACGGGGUGACACUGGCUGUGUGAAGCUUUUUUUUGUUGUUGUUUUUGUUUGGAUAUGGCUACCUGUACCUGGCUCGAUAAUAUAUUAGAAUUUCCUGAUGUUGAUUCAAUUUCAAAUUUAUUUGAAUCCAAUACAUCAUGCUACUCAAAAAGGAUACUAUGUACUGAAAGUGCCCCGAACUUGAUCCGAACUUGGGGGCGCAACUUUCUCCGAGGGGAAAAGCCUCCCCUCUUGGCCCAUCGUUUUGGCUGUUUUGGCAGGCCGACCCUUGUGGAAGCCGCGCUGCCUCUGUUUCUCUGGGCCCUUUAGGAAAGACCCAAAGCCCCACGCAUGGAGCCUCUUCUGGGGGCAGCAGCGUGGCCCUUGCUGACCGACAGAGGCCCUCCGGAACCGCCACAGCCGGCGAGGCUGCGACCUGCGUGAGGGCCUACCAAAGCCAGGCUUCGAGAGGAAGGCCCUGGCAUUCCCGAAGCCCGAUUUGGAGGUCUCGGACCUCUUCCCGAACUUGCGUCUUGGCCUCUCCCGAACUUCGAGAUGGGCUUUCCCGAACUUGGUUUUUUGUUUCGCACGCGGACUCGCGUGCCGGGCUGCGUUGCCAAGUUCGGGGAGCACCAAAAUGAAGUUCGGGCCAAGUUCGGGAGAGGCCCAAACCCAAGUUCGGGAAGGCUCAGAACCGAGAUGACGGCGACCCCUCUGAGGCCUCCCGAGCGUGCUUUCCCUCGUCAGGGCUGUCGCGCCCUUCAGGAAAUCGCCAGCGCAAGGAGAUGCCUGAGGCACUUCUUCGCCAACCCUCUCGAAGGUUCGUUGGGAUGGGGGCUGGGAGGGCCUGCCGCUUGCGUGCUCAUUACAUGCACCCGACCGCUUCGCAGCGGAUGACGACAUGGCCUCUAAGGGGAAUCCCUGGAGGCACACGGGCGGUUUUUUUAUGUGGGUGGUGAGUCGUUUUCCGUGGGGUGCACCGAAAAGAUAAGAGGCCAAGUUCGGAUAAAGUUCGGGACGGCCUCAGUACAUAGUGUCCUUCUCGAGUAGACAUCAUGGAAGAAAUUCCGUUUGCAGAUCCGCAAUCGAUCUCAAUUUUUCGUUGCUCUCAUUUAUUCUCAGAAGGAGUUGUUGCGUGGUUUAAUAUAUUUACAAAUAUUCUAUGCCUACAACCUCUAUUAGUAUUGCCUUCAACAUCUUCUAGCUAGCAUCAGCAAACAAGGACACGAAGAAAUUCAUAUCUAUGUCUUGUUCGUGUUCAUCCAUCGCUCAUGAUAAUCAAUAAUCAACAGCCUAAAGCUGUGUGAGCCGAUUCAUUUUUGUUGUAGGGGCUGCGCUAGCAAGCCGCACACCAACAAAUAACAGAAGAGGAUGACAAUUUAACAAGGAAUUAUCAAAUAUGAUUAUUUCAUCUUGUUAUAAGCGCACGGAGAUGGUGGUGAAGAAGUAUCAUCAACAUGGAUACACCGACCGAUACUGAUUGUCGGGCGAUACUAGUCCCGAGAAGAUGCAUGUUUUUGGUGGUUGAAAAGGACCGCAAAAUAAAGUUUGAAAUAGAUUAUUCUUCAUCUUCACUAAGACGUAUCAUAAUCGCUUGAAUUAAUAUCAC